GGCGCCGCCGCCGCCCUGGGCGCUGGGAGCGGCGGCGGCCGUUGCUCGGCCGGGCCGGCGGUGCCCGCGGCCCGCCAUGCUGUGCCACGGCGAGGGCCUGCUGAGCUCGCUGACGGCUCUGAUGGCGCUGGCGCUGGCGCUGAGCCGCAGCCCGGCGCUGGCCUGCCUGCUGCCGGCCGGGCUCUACCUGGCGCUGCACCUCCUGUCGCUGGAGCCCGCGGCGCCCCAGAGCGCGCAGCGCGUCCUGCGGCCCCGCGGCGCCGCCGCCCGCAUCGCGCACCGCGGCGGCGCGCACGACGCGCCCGAGAACACGCUGGCCGCCAUCCGACAGGCAGCUGAGAAUGGAGCAACGGGUGUGGAGCUGGACCUUGAAUUUAGUGCAGAUGGUGUCCCCAUUCUCAUGCACGAUGACACAGUUGAAAGGACAACUGAUGGGGCUGGGAGUCUGAGGGACCUGACGUUUGAGGAAAUCAGGAAGCUUAAUCCAUCUGCAAAACACAGGCUACGGAGCCAAUUCCAAGGUGAAAAGGUGCCAACUCUGAGAGAAGCUGUUGUGGAGUCCAUGCAUCACAAUCUUACAAUCUACUUUGAUGUCAAAGGCCAUGCAAAUCAGGCAGUUGAUGCCCUGAAACAACUCUACCAGGAAUUUCCACAGUUGUAUAACAGCAGCAUUGUCUGUUCUUUCAUGCCAGAUGUUGUUUAUAAGAUGAGGCAGGCUGACAGGAAUGUUGUGACAGCACUGACCCACAGGCCCUGGCAGCUGAGUCACCUGGGAGAUGGGACACCCCGAUUCAGCUCCUCCUGGAAGCAUUUCUUGUACAUGGUGAUGGAUGUCAUUCUGGACUGGAGCCUGCACAGCUUCUUGUGGCGACUGUGUGGGGUUUCAGCUUUCCUCAUACAGAAAAAUUUUGUUUCUCAGGACUAUGUGAGCCACUGGUCUUCCAGAGGAAUUCGAGUGGUUGCCUGGACAGUGAACACGUUUGCAGAGAAAAGCUACUACGAAAGUGUCCUUGACUGCCCCUACAUCACCGACAGCUUGGUGGAGGACUGUGACCCUCACUACUGAGGCAGCCCCUGCCCUCUGCCCUCCUGGGCAGCUCUGCAGCCACCAGGGCAUCCAGCACUGCUGAGCACAGCUCUGGGAAAGGCAGAGCAGCACUUGGCUUCUGCCUGUGGUCACACCUCAAAUGCAGGAACCUUCUGGUGCAGCCAGAGUCUGAGGAAAUCACUGUAAUGUAAAAGAAAGAAUCAUAUUUGGCAACCCUGUUAGGCCAUCCCUUGUCUGUGCAGGUGGCUUUAUAAUUCUCAAGGAAUAAUUCUAUUCCUUGGCUUUGUUUAAAUUUUGGUUCUAAAUUUUGGUGUCGGCAAUUUUGGUGUCAAAAUUUCAAAUCAUAACUUGAUGUUAGUAAUUUUAACAGCAUGUUCUACAAGUGUAUACUAAUUUGAGGUUGAUUUAUAGCACCUUAAGAUCAUUUACACUAUUGUUCUUAAAACAGAAAGUGGAAAUAAUGGUACAAUGGUGAAAAAAUAGAAGAUGAGCAUAUUUCCCUGCCCUGUGUGGAAAGAUGGCUGUGCUGAAUCCUGAUGAGGAAGAAAAAGCCAACUUUCCAUGUGUGAUGUGAUGUGAGCUUAUGAGAAUUAACAAAUAAAACUUGAAUAGCUUCUUAUCUUCCAGACCUUCUAAGACAACCAGGGGAAGAUAGGAAAUUGUUUCUUCUAAUGAAGAAAAAACACAGCACAUGAAUGUAUUUAUUUUAAAGAUAAAGCUAUAUGUGGAGUGGUGGUAAGCAGUAGAACAAAUGGAGCUGAAAUGUCUUUUUAGUUUGCCUUUGGUUGCAUGAUUGAAGGGCACUGAGAGGGAUAUGGAAUCUGUAAUGCAGAUGUAACUUGAACUCCAAAGGAUCUGUAGUUGCAAUAAAAAGUCUUUGAGAAUUCA